AUGACUGCAUCCUUGUCAGGCAAGGUGCGCUGCACCUAUAUUGACUGUCCUCAGGCUUUCUACUCCAUCAGAGAGAUGAAGAAUCACAAGGAUGAUUUCCCCGAGCACCACUACUGCAAGCGAUGCGACGAAGACUUCCACAAUGAGGAAAGCUUCAUGAUCCACAAGCUCAAGAGCACCAAGCACGUCACCUGUCCUGUCUGCGGCAUGGAGUUUAACAGCGAGGGAGGUCGCGAUGCCCAUAUUCGCCAGGCAAAUGGCGGGGUCUCGCUCGCGGGCUGGGAUUUCGAGGCUAUGGCCUUCCGCCCUAAGCCCACCAUCGAGCCCAAGGACGACCAGCCUGAUCAUGUCGCGAAAGACUCGGCCAACAUGGUCUUUGAGCACUGGCCUCUCCCGGGCGAGCGUCUCGAGACCGAGCUCAAGGACUUCCCCAAACUGUCGUUGAACGAGCAGGGCAGCAACGAGACCGAUCCGUUCCAUGGUAACUUGGUCAGGCUCAAGCCCCGUCCGCUGAAGUCUCCUCAGACGGCCAGUGAGGGUGCAAACACGCCCAACGCCGGUCAGACGCUUCUGUUGCUGGACUCCAAGUGGGAUGCCAACAGAUUUCUGCACGGCGCCAGCUCGCGCUAUAUGUGCCCUUGCGGUAUGAGCUUUGACGCCAAGGACGAAUUUGAGAUGCACAUUCUGAGGAAGAGCACGGCGACCCGUACCACCCAAUGCCCCGGCUGCCUCCGCGUUUUCAAGACUACUGCCGCCCUCAUCGCUCAUUGUGAAUCGCCCAGCACCCGUUGCGACGUCAACGCGGGUGGCCGUUUCCCGCAGAUAAUCGACGAGCUGAGCGGUGGAGUCAUCCAGAUGGCCGGGUUUAACCCCGACGGCACCGUGAAGUACGAGGCAGGCAAGUUGGAUCUGACGGAGACGACUGUGGUGGGGACCGACUUGCGCAAGUGGUAG